GACAUUUUGUACCCUGACGACCCAGGCUGCUUGACACUGAGGAUUGCUGUCCUCUGAGUAAGAUCUGUAAACCAGCUCUGUCUUCGUCCAGACCAUGGUGGACAAUCGGUAUGCCACAGCCCUGGUCAUCGGCUCGGUUCUGAGCCUGUUGGCCACGGUCUACCUCUCUGUGGCGGUGGGAACCCAGCACUGGUUCCAGUACAGCAGCCCGCCAGUCAAACAGGGUGUGAACCUGUCAGAGCUCAAAGAGGAGUUUAUCGGCGGUGACUUCGAUGAAAAAACCUACAGCGAAGCCAUGUUCCAUCUGAACGGCACCCUGGGACUGUGGUGGAGGUGUAUCCAGGUCCCCAGCCCGUCACACUGGUACAAACAGCUAGACUCCACGAUGGAGACGAGCUGCGUGAGCUUCACUCUUCCUCAGCAGUUCAGCCCCAAGUACAAACCUCCCCGGAUCAACAAGGACGAGGAAGACCUGCUGAGAACAUACCUCUGGAGGUCCCAGUUCCUCCUGCCCUUGGUGUCUCUGGCUCUGGUGUUUCUCAGCGGUCUUGUGGGGGUCUGUGCAUGCCUCUGCCGCAGCUUCACCCCAACUGUGGGCGUCGGCGUGCUCCAUUUUCUUGCAGGUCUGUGCUCUCUGGGUACCGUCUGCUGUUUCCGGGCCGGUGUUGAUCUGCUCCACUACAGUUACCCCCCACCAGGAGGGGUGGAGGGCUCCAUGGGCUGGUCUCUCUACCUCGCCCUCAUCUCUUUCCCUCUGCAGAUGAUGGCAGCCGCCCUGUUUCUGUGGGCAGCCAAAAGUCACCGCAAAAACUACACUCCCAUGACGGCUUACAGGGUGGCCUAAAUGAGAGCACUUACGUUCUUUUAGUUGGAUCCAAACGUCCCUCAGGGUGUUUUGUGGUUCAGGGAGGUUGUCAGUCAAGUGCAGUAUGCAGCUUGUAACGUUUCACUUCCUCUGUAACAGUCUUUUCUUAGAAGAACACGGUUACAGAGCAACACAAACCACAUGAGUAACGAGGAAGUCUGCAGCUGAUCAUCACAGAUUGAGUUUUUUAAGUGUCUUUUCUCAUCUUUGCCUUUUGUGCUUGUUUUUAGUAGAUGUCGCCUGCACCUUCUGAUGGUCACUUAGUUUCUGAACUCUUGUGGUUUUUGCCUUCCACCUUUUGUUUGGUUGCCAAUUCAUCUGAAGCUGCUCACCGCAUCGCCCUUAAUAAAAUCCAUAAACCCACAUUGUCUUGAACUUCAGAUCUGCAGGGAUCCGAGUGUAGGUCUCCAUUUCUGUUGGACGAACUUUUCUGCCGCACCUGUUAUUUGAAUGUUGUCACGUUUGCAUGAUUUUAAAUAUCAAGCCUUUGCACGUCUUUCAAGCUGACCUUUCCAUCCUCUGUGUUAAUUAUGGAUUUUAGUCUGUGGUAGAAAACCACUAAAUGUCAGAAAAUGUCGCUCACUAAAAAUAAAGCCACUCACUCUUGAUGGAGAUAAUCUGCUUUUACACAAUUACAAUUAGUCUGUUGAACUGCUGAUGCUCUUCUGCCUCUUCACAUGUCGAAACUUGUGUUUCCCAAAUACUUUAAGUUAGGUGUGUGGUUUUGUCUUUAGCCCUGACUUGUUUUUAUUAAUGAGCCUUUUACAGACACAAAACGUCCUCGCCUCGAUUCAACUAAAGCACUGAGCAGAUAAAUGAACGUUCAGUCCUGAACCGACAAUCAAAGUCUGGCAAACCGUUUUUACACAUCACUGAAAGAACAUGUUGAUUUGUUUUGAGUUACAAAGUUGUGGUCAGCACAAGGACAUAAAGGCUGUAAAUGUUGAAGCACACCAAUUAUUAAUAAAGUUAUC